GGCCAUCUGCGCCUGCGCAGCUAGUACAGCUGCAGCCAGCAACAGUCUGGAGCUGCCCCUUCAUUCCAAGAUGGCGGACCUCUUAGGCUCAAUCUUAAACUCGAUGGAAAAGCCUCCAACAGUCGGCGACCAGGAAAGCCGACGAAAGGCUCGAGAGCAAGCAGCAAGACUCAAGAAGAUGGAGGAAAACGAGAAAAGAAAGAAAGCAGAGUUCAGGAAAAAGAUGGAGAAGGAGGUGUCGGAUUUCAUUCAAGACAGUUUGCAACAGAAAAGAAAAUACAAUCCUAUGGGGAAGAUUGAGAGGAGUAUAUUGCAUGAUGUUGCAGAAGUGGCCGGUCUGACUUCUUUUUCUUUCGGGGAGGAUGAGGAGAGCCGUUACGUCAUGCUUUUCAAGAAGGAGUUUGCUCCUUCAGAUGAGGAGCUGGAAGCCUAUCGCAAAGGAGAGGAGUGGGAUCCCCAGCUCGCAGAGCAACGCCGCAGACUAAAAGAAAAAGCUGCAUUGGAAGAAACCGUAUCCAGUCAGACGAAGAAGCCAGAGGCAUGUCCCAACUCGAACUACAGAGACAAGUACAGUCACCUUAUUGGUACCUCUGCUGCAAAAGAUGCAGCACAUACACUAGAGGCCAACAGUGCUUAUGGCUGCGUGCCGGUAGCCAACAAGAGGGACACUCGCUCCAUAGAGGAAGCCAUGAAUGAAAUCAGAGCGAAGAAACGGCAGAAGCAAGAGGACGACACAGGGGCACACAGCAGCAGUUCUUGAGUCUCCACCAUUUUUUUUAUUUCUGUCUAGUGUGUGUGUGUGUGUGUGUGUGUGUGUCUGUCUGUCUGUCUGUCUGUGUGUGUGUUUGGGGGGGGGGUCAGUCCAAUUCAUCCUAUAAUUUAAUAUCCUGUACUUCAGACAUUUAAAAGUAUAACUUUCAUGACAGGCGUUGUAGUAUGUGUGCCACCUUGACUGUGUUAAAAUCAUGAAGUCAUUUUUGGCGGACGUACUGAGGUGUGUCGGUCACAUUUGCCUGUGACAUUCUGUCAGUUAUCAAGCUUCUCACACACAUGAUUGAACCCUAUGUAAUAUGAGAAAGUUGUUUUGAGAUAUAUAUCUUUUUUUUUUUUUUUUUUCCAAUGUGGGUGCUUAGCUACUUACAAACACCCGAUAUCUUCUAACAUCAUUUUUAAAAGACGUUUUUUGGCAGCGAUUGACAUUUUUGAUGGAGAUGUGCAUUUACAGUUAUAAGUGACAUUUUAACAUUAAAAUAUUGGCAUAUUUUAAGCUUUGGCCAGGCUGGAUGAUGUUUUUGAAAGUAAGGCAUGGCUGAAAAGGGCCACACUGUUCUAGAUAUCCAGUGCAGUUUUUAAAAGGGAAAAAGGAAUGCUGUCUAUUGACCAGCUUUUGGUUUCUUUGUUGAUUUUUUUUUUUUUCUUUGUCUCAACUUGUUUGAGAAAUUCAGAAAGUUGGAAGCAUGCCAUUUCCUCCACUGCAAGAGGAUUUACUUUUUAGAAAAUGCAGUUUUGUGAAUUUUAGGAAUCUGUGAUCAAGUCUUGAGAUUUUCUUUGUUUCCAUACAUCUGACGGAAUUAAACUGUUACUCCAAACUAAAUGUUAUUCAGCCAUGUGAUUGCUCCCACUAGGCAUCAUAGGAGGGAGUUGAAGUACCAGAGUCACCGUAGAGAUAUUGGUCAUAUCUCUUUUGUUUGUAAUUUCUUCAAGUAAGUUUCUUUGCAUCUUGACGUCUAUUUAACCUGGUUGUACAGUUUUAUCCCCUGUGUGUGUGUGUUAAUAAAUGGAGAACUGUC